CAUGUCGGCGGCGUCUUCAUACCGUGGUGGAAAUUUGUUCGAUGCUGAAACGUUACUUCGACCUCGGUGUAACAACUUUUUUUAAGCGAUGAAAUGAAAUGGUGGAUUACUUGUGAGUGCUGCAAAGCUCUUGACCUAUAUAAACUUGGCAAUAAUGGGCGCUUGUCGCGUCUGGAACCUCAUCACUAUGCGUUCUCUUUCCCUUACACUGUUUGGUUUAGUAUCUUAUGCUUUCACUUUUCCUCUAACCAAACGCGCCUCUGGAGUCACUACUGAUGCCUCUGAAGCCGAUGCUCAAUCCUUUGACUACAUCGUUGUUGGCGCUGGCCUUACUGGAACAACAGUGGCCGCGCGACUUGCAGAAGACUCCGGUGUAACAGUUCUUCUUAUCGAGGCCGGAGCAGAUAAUCGUGACGAUUCUCGCGUCUACGAUAUCUAUGCUUAUUCUCAGGCCUUCGGCACCGAACUGGAUUGGAGUUGGUCGACAGACGAUGGCAGGACUAUUCGUGGGGGGAAAACUCUGGGUGGAAGUUCCUCAAUCAAUGGCGGACACUAUACACGUGGUUUGGACGCGCAAUUUGAUGCAUGGUCCUUACUCUUGGAAGACGAUGAGUCCGAUGUGGGCUGGAACUGGCAAGGGAUGUUUAAUUACAUGAAAAAGUCGGAGGAUUUCUCCGCGCCUAAUGACCAACAAUCUGCAAAGGGUGCGCAAUUCAACGGUGAUUACCAUGGAUACAACGGACCUGUCCAAGUGACGUACCCCGACGAGAUGUACGGUGGACCUCAGCAGGGCGACUUUGUCAACACAGUCGUCAAUCUCACUGGCAUCUACCAUUCCCCCGGUCUCAAUGGUGGCGGAGCCAACGCGGUCUCAAUCACACCUUUGACCAUCAAUUGGCAUGACGGUGAUCAUCGUUCUUCUUCGGUUCAGGCAUACCUUACCCCCGUCGAAAGUGUACGAUCCAAUUGGCUUACCCUUGCUGAGCAUCAGGUUACUAAGAUCAAUUGGGCAAACACCAGUAGUGUUCUCUUGACUGCAUCUGGUGUUGAAUUUGCUCCCGCAAGUGGAGGGUCUACCAGAUACACUACCACUGCAAACAGGGAGGUCAUUGUUGCAUGCGGUUCCAUCCAGUCUCCUGCGCUCCUUCAGCUUUCUGGAAUCGGCGACUCCGAUGUCCUGGGACCUCUAGGAGUCGAUACACUCAUUGAUCUCAAGACUGUCGGCAGAAAUCUUCAGGAGCAGGCGCUUACAAUGAACUCCCUUGGCGCUGGCGGUAACUUUGACGAUGGAGGACGUGGACCUUCGGAUGCCAUUGCCUACCCCAAUAUCUAUCAGGUAUUUGGCGACGAAGCAGCAGCAUCUGUUAGCAAGAUCCAGUCUAAUCUGUCAUCCUGGGCCAGCAGCCAAGCAAGCUCAGCGUUGAGUGCAGAUGCUUUGGAACAGAUAUAUAGCAUCCAAGCUGAUUUGAUCAUAAACCACAACGCACCUAUCGUUGAGCUUUUCUUUGAUACUGGGUACCCAGCUGCUCUUGGUAUUGAUGAGUGGCAGCUACUCCCAUUCAGUAGAGGAACCGUCCAAAUCUCGACCACAGACCCAUUCACUCAGCCGGCAAUUAACGUGAACUAUUUCUCCGUUGAUUGGGACCUCGAUGUCCAGAUUGCCAGCUCCCGGCUGUCUCGCACUAUUCUUGCCAGUCCUCCACUCAGCGACCUCUCGACCGGCGAAUCUAUCCCUGGUGACUCAGUUCCUAACGAUGACGACCGCGGCAGUGACGAGGAGUGGAGAUCGUGGAUUACGAAUGGUUUCACGGCAGUGUCGCACCCGAUUGGAACAUUGGCUAUGAUGAAGAGAAGUCUUGGCGGUGUCGUCGACUCUCAGCUCAAGGUUUACGAUACCUCUAACGUUCGCGUCGUCGACGCUUCGGUUGUGCCUUUGCAUAUCAGUGCUCAUCUUUCUGCAGGAUUGUAUGGCGUUGCUGAAAAGGCGGCUGAUCUAAUCAAGGCCUCAUAUUGAGCGUCUCGAUACCCUUAUACUUUGACUUAUAUUCCCUUGGACUAUUGUUUGGUUUCAUAUUAACAGAGGAAGGCUUGCCCUCGUCGGCGUUUUUUCGGACUGAUACCACUGUACAGACUUGUAUAGUAGUGCUGUAGUAAUACUAGUAGCCACUGAUCUGUG